AUGGGAGAGAGGUCUUUGUAUCUAAACGGUGUUUCUUGGGACGAUGUGUUUUUGGCGGGAGUGAACGCUGGAGUAAUCACGAUGAUAUGGACAAUGACAGAGCUAACAAGACAUCCGAGAGUGAUGAAGAAACUGCAAGAAGAGAUUCGAAUAACACUUGGAUCCAACAAAGAGAGAAUCACAGAAGAAGAUUUAGAGAAAGUUGAGUACUUGAAGCUAGUGAUCGAGGAAACAUUCAGAUUACACCCGCCUGCUCCUCUCUUGCUACCAAGGCUAGCAAUGGCUGACAUCAAGAUUCAAGGCUACAACAUUCCCAAGAACACCGUAAUCCAGCUCGGCCUUCUUAACCUUCUUUACUUCUUCAACUGGAGUUUGCCCAUCGGAAUGACCAUUGCAGAUAUUGACAUGGACGAAUUCGGAUCUUUAAACAUCGCCAAGAAAGUCCCUCUUGAGCUCGAUGUGGUUUUGGCGGGAGUGAACGCGGGAGUAACAACAAUGAUAUGGCUGAUGACAGAGCUAAUCAGACAUCCAAGAGUAAUGAAGAAGCUCCAAGAUGAGAUUCGAACAACACUCGGACCAAACAAAGAGAGAAUCACAGAAGAGGAACUAGAGAAAGUUGAGUACAUGAAGCUGGUGAUCAAAGAAACAUUCAGAUUACAUCCACCUGCUCCACUCUUGCUCCCAAGACAAACAACGUCUGACAUCGAGAUUCAAGGCUACAACAUUCCAAAGAACACCAUGAUCAAGAUCAACACAUACACGAUAGGGCGUGAUCCCGAAUGUUGGACCAACCCUGAAGAAUUCGUUCCCGAGAGGUUUUCGAAUAACUCUAUCAACUACAAGGGUCAGCAUUUCGAGCUCUUGCCCUUUGGAGCUGGCCGUAGGAGCUGUCCCGGUAUGGCCUUGGGGAUCACCAUUCUUGAGCUUGGCCUUCUCAACGUUCUUUACUUCUUCGACUGGAGUUUGCCCAAUGGAAUGACUAUUGAAGACAUUGACAUGGAAGAAGCCGGAUCUUUAAACAUCGCCAAGAAAGUCCCUCUUGAGCUUGUACCAUCUCUUCAUCACUCGUCAUGA